AUGAUGCAUUGCGGCUUGGGUCGGCCUACGUCAUCAAACGCGUCGCAAGUGGAACGGAACUUUUAAAACUGUACUUUUUUAAAAGCAAUCAUUGUCGACGUUUAAACUUCGGAAACCACAUCGCGAGCCUCAAGAAAGGAUUCGAGGAAAGGAAAGGAAAGGAAAACGACAGGAAAACGACCACACAAGGCGGCAAAGUCCCCUACGAUGAGUUAGCAAGAUGCUACAAACAACUGCAACUAGCUCUCGUGCGCGCUUCCUUGUUUGACAUAUAGGUAUAUAGUUUGAAUGUCAACUUUUUAGUGAAGUAAUUACCGACAAUGAGAGACUAUGGUGCUCCUGAGAGAAGGGAUGUGUCCUGGACUGGAUGAAGAUUUCCUAAGCCGUUUACGGGAUGCUCAUAUAAAAACAGUGGAAGACUUGGUCUCGUCCGGCACGGAGGAGCUUGCGCAGAAAUGUUCGGUGUCAUAUACGGCUCUGCUAGCCAUCCGCAGAGUGCUGCUGGCACAGCAUGCCGCCUUCCCGGUGUCAGGCGCCGAUCUCUACGAUGAACUGCUCAGCUCCACCGCCAUCCUGUCCACCGGAAAUCCCAACUUGGAUGCUUUGCUGGAUUCAGGCGUGUACACAGGAGAGAUAACAGAACUGGCAGGUGGAUCAGGAAGUGGCAAGUCUCAGGUGUGUUUUGGCCUGGCGGUGCACAUCGCGCACCACCUGAAACAAAACGUCAUCUAUGUGGACACCACGGGGGGGCUGUCGGCCACCCGCCUUCAGGAAAUGCUGCAGAGCGAGACGAGCAGCGGCGAGGGGCAGAUGGAAGCCCUGCAGAGGAUUUGCAUCCAUCGCGUGUUUGACGUCUUCUCCCUGCUUGGCUGUCUGCACCGUCUCCGCAGUGGAGGACUUCAGCAGGCGUGUGUUGGCGGCGGCGGCUCUGUCAAGGCGCUGAUUGUGGACUCGGUGUCGGCCGUUAUCGCUCCUCUGCUGGGAGGCAAACAUCAUGAAGGCACUUUGAUGAUGAGUCAGCUGUCGAUGGUCCUGAAGAUGUUGGCUAAAGACUUCAACAUGGCGGCUUUGGUGACCAAUCACGUGUCGACGAGCGGCGUCGGCGAGCUGCAGCCGGGCCUGGGCGUCUCGUGGAGUCACGUCCCCAGAACCAGAGUCCUGCUGGAGAGACCUCCGACCGCCACCGUCAGCAGACCCGGGCUGCGCUCCGCCACCCUCAUCAAGUCUUCCAGGCGGCCGUGUUUCAUCCACACCAACUUUGAUCUUCAGUGGUGGAGUCGCUCCAAGCGCACAACGUCAGGAAAGAGGAAGCUGGACCACACGGAUCCCUGACAGGGACCACCUCACUGGUUCAUAGGUCACCAUGGCGACAAUCAAUCGGGGGUGUGGCAUCAUCCAGUGAUGAUGAACACAAAGACGGAAAAAGGGGUGGUGGGGGGUGGCUAGCAGGGGGCCAACACGCGCCUCUUGCGGAUGCACUCCCAGAUCCACCCCGCCGACACCUUCUGCGCCCGGCUGUCAGCCUCAGGCUCGGCCAGUGUGUGCGUGGCUGAAGCGGCGUCGUAGUCGGCCACCAGGUCGCCGUCGUACGCCACAAAGUAACGCCGCAGCUUGUCGAAGUCGUCUGCGCCGGCAGGCAGGAAAAGUUUCACCCCACUGAAAAUGUCCAACAGCGUCUGGGAGACAGAGAAGUGUCAAUCAGGUAUAGAAACUGUAUGUAGUACAUAUAGUAUAUGGUGUAUAUAGUAUAUAUACAUAUAUUUUACAGCUAAGCCAUGUUGAAAGGCCAUUCCUAUGGAGAAGGUAACUUAUUUUAAAAACAUUCAUUAUGGAUUGUGAUGGAUGCACGUGCAAAACUUUGGGAAUAAAUCUGUGAUGAGUUCAAAGUCAGCAUGUAAGAUGGCUGUUCACUGCCUGGUGACUGACCUUGUGGCUGUUGGCUUCCAGCAUCUGAGGCGGUGCUGCCUUGGUCUUGGCGUGUCCGUUACUGUGGACACUUUCACUCUUCCUCCCCUGGAGGAAAGUCCGUUAGGCAGGGCUCUACUUGAUUAACGUUCCAUAAACACAAGGCCUUCUUACCUUCUUGGCGACGGGGGUGCUUGGUUCAGACUUGACCACUUUCCGUUUGGCAGGGGUGCUGCUACCUAAGGAGACAGGCAACAUCUAUUAAUAGAUUGGCACAUAUUCAGGAUGUUCUUUGGAAUAUUAGUUAAUUAGUUGUCUCACAAGUCCAUCCACUCUACAUUUUCCAGCAUGAAGAUGAACUGGCAUGACAAAAAUAGGCAUUUCAGCAUCGACAUGGUUUACGCUGGGAAUCGUGGAACAUCAAGGAAUUCCAUACUGCAUUUCAAGAAAAAGCUUCUUAAUGAGAGAAACACAAGAGAUACAGCUACCGUAUCACAACGCUAAAUACUUGAAAUCAUUCCAGUCACAUCUCUAAAAGAGCCUGGAGUUCUGGUUCAUAUGUCCAUUGUGCAUUGUCAGUGGUUCCAGACCACAUUUCCAUAAUGUAGGAUUUAAUAUUGAUAGAUGUCAUAUUUUCAUAGUUAGAACACAGAAAACCUUGUUAGAGUUCCAACUAUUAUUAGAGCCCUGAAGACACAAACACCCCAUAGUCACUUUGACAAUCCUAUUCUUUGUUUACCACAUUGGACGCACUGCAGGGACUUGAGACAGCCGCUCGCUAGCAUGCUAGGAGCUAAUGAGUUAGCCUCAAAUGUAUUUCUUCUAAACUUAAGAAGCCAAAAACUUACCACUUCCACAUGGCAUGGGAGGAGAGCCCCCCCAUCAUGUCAGACAUGUUAGGUAAAGUCGGAAUGUGGAAUCCAACGUAUCAUUUGGAUUUCAGUAUGUUGAACUAACGGUCAUCGUUUAUUUAAAAAAAAGCACACUAAAACUUAUUUUUACAUAUUUAUAAAAUGUCACUUGUACCUUUUUAAAUAAAGA